AUGACGCCAAAAAGGAUACAGAACUGUUCUGAGAUGCGGAUGAAGUUUAACGCGGGUCCUGCUAUUUACAGCAAGGAUAUUGCGGAAAGAGAUGUAAACAGAUUAAAGGUACCUUAAAGAUCUCACAAAUGAUUUUAAACCUCUGGCACAUAUACAUCAAAAACCGGAUGGGGGCUUUACCUUCUUACCUUUAAAACAUUUGCAGAGCAAGGUCGACAUCGUGGUUGUCUAUAUUCACUGGGGUAGAGAACUAUUCUUGAAACCAGUUCCAUACCAGCUUCAAGUGACUGAUCAUCUGCUGUCCCUGGGAGUACACUUAAUCAUUGGCUCACACUCCCACGUGAUUCAGCCACAUAGUAUCCAUGGCAACAGGCUGGUAAAGUUCGGUUUGGGCAACUUCUUCUUUCCUCCUGCUCGUGUUCUUGGUGGUAAUGAUCCGGUAAUGUAUCCUUUUAUUUUAAGAGUUCCCUAAAAGUGAAUUUCUACUAUCGCACAAUUUUACGUGUGUAUUUGAUAAAAUAGAGACAAUGCAUGAAAUGUCGCGCGUAAACGUAAUAAUUGAACUUUGCUCUUUUUUCUGGGUGUACUUCUCAAUUAAAAAUUUAAGUAUUAAUUUGUGUAUUUUUAGAUUAUUAUAGAUUCUUUUUACCUAGAUAACCUGAUAUGGUGUAAAAAACUAUGUUGUGACGUCAUCCAAAUGACAACGCGAUCUUGAGAGUAAAUGAAAUGGCUUAAACUGAAGUUAGGCUAAGGAAAGGACGCUUUAUAACAAAAAAUAGUUGCGCAGAAAAAUUUGGGAAAACUAUAGGAAGAAGGGGGGAAGGAAUGCGAUCAUUUCUGAUCAUGAUUGAUGGUUCCUUUUCCAGAGGAUCUACGGUAGAUUAGGAUCAAAACCAGACGAAGAUCUAAUCGCCAUUUACGAAAAACUUGCUCUAGGAGACGGUGAAUUUUUCAAAACAAGUCAGCUCUUUCGAGUGAAAGUUUCAAGGUAAGCUUGCGUAUAAAGGCUGCCAAUAGUUAAUACUGAUCCAAGUAUAGGCAAAAUUAUCUAGAAGAAAACCUUCCCUAGUUAAGCGAAGAGUCUUUGAACCAACUUCAAAGUAAUUCAAAACUGAGCUUAAGUUUACUCACUGUUUCGGUAAUUAGAGUUCGGUAUCUAAACCUUCUUCAUAACACAAAAAGAUGUCCUUUCCCGUUAGUGAUUUUUGGAAAAACUAGAUUUAAAACGUAUUAUCCAUUAUUUAGUUACAUAUUCUGGGCCUGGAUUCACGAUAAUGUGUUUGCUGAUAGAGCGGUUUUCAUUUGAGUGUCGAAAAGUAAUUGGUUUUGCACUUUCUACACGAUGCGAUUGGCUUAAAAGAUUCGCGCCACCUUUUCAUCCAAUCAGAAGUAAAACCAAAGCCAAUUUUGACGCGCUCGCAUGCAUUUUCCCGCGCUUUGCGUCAGCCACAUGUAAUUACUUCGAGUUUUGAUUGGUUCAAUGUAUUGUCUGUGUCCUAUGUGAUUGGCCAGAGUAAUUACUUUGGUUUUGGUUUUACGACACUCAAACGAAAACCACUCUAAUGUGUUUGCUGACUAAUGACAGUCAAAACCGAACUAAAAAGGACGAAUCCCUGGAGGUGCUGAGUGUGUUUUCGAUGCCAUCAUGGCAAUAAAAAAUAAUGUUUCACUUGCUUUGGCCUGACUGGUCUGAUUUUAUAUUAAUGUAUCGACUAUCUCUUACAGAAAAGGUGUGGAAUUUGCCGAUUAUUUGCCAGUAAAACUUGCGUUUGACUCAGCAAAGAAACAAGUGUACAUUAAACCCGAAAAUGAUUUACUCUGGAUUGAAGUUUGUAGUGACGAGGACCCACAGUGUCAAAGAUCGAAUACUUAG